AGCUGUAGCAGAUGUCGCCCCGAGUCUCCAUCCCAAUCGCGAUCACAAUCCCGACCCCGGGUCCUGUCCUGAUCCCUGGUCCGCACUCCUAGGUCCCAGUCCCAGGCGUAGUCCGGACCCUAUUCAUACCCCGGGCAUCAUGAAGGAGGAACCGCCGACCCAGAGGACCCCACCCGCCUCGCCCACCCCGUCCUUGUCCUUGCAGCCCCCCAGGGAGGACAGCGACCCCCCAGCACUCUGGAUUUUCGGCUAUGGUUCCUUAGUAUGGAGACCAGACUUCGCCUACAGCAACAGCCGUGUGGGCUUCGUCCGCGGGUACAGCCGUCGUUUCUGGCAAGGGGACACUUUCCAUCGGGGCAGCGACAAGAUGCCUGGUCGGGUGGUGACCCUUCUUGAGGAUCAUGAGGGCUGCACAUGGGGUGUGGCAUAUGAGGUGCGUGGGGAGCAGAUCAGCGAAGCACUUAAGUAUCUGGAUGUUCGGGAAGCUGUGUUAGGGGGCUAUGACACCAAGGUAGUGACCUUCUAUCCCCAGGAUGCCCCAGACCAACCUCUACGAGCCCUGGCCUAUGUGGCCACUCCACAGAACCCUGGCUACCUGGGGCCAGCUCCAGAAGAAGACAUCGCCACCCAGAUCCUGGCCUGCAGCGGCCGUUCUGGUCACAACCUGGAAUACCUGCUGCGCCUGGCGGACUUCAUUCGGCUGUGUGGACCUCAGGCCCAGGAUGAGCACUUGGAAGCUAUUGUGGAUGCUGUGGGUGCCCUCCUGCCCUGCUUCUGCCCCUCUGGCCAGACCUUGGCCAUGGCCUGAGCUUGGGGGACCCAGAGCUCUUUUACCCACCAUGAUGGGGUAUGGACUGACCCUGACUGUGGGGAAUGACUCCCUUUUUCUUUCUCUCCCUCCACCUUCCCUCUAUGGUGGACAGACUUUUGGGGAGGUUGUUACCUGAGCAGGACUUUGGUGGUCUCCCUUUUCAGGUCCCCUUAUUGCUGUAUGGAACUCCCUUACUUAUCUCUUCUUAAUGCACCUCAUCCUAGUCAAUCUCCCCUUUUCCCCCUCAUUCCUCAUCCUAUUCACUGGUACAUGACUUGAAAAUAUAUUUAUUGCACCAUGAUGGUGUGGUGGCUAUGGGCAACAAACCCCAAUCUAAGAAGUCCUGCUGAGCAGGGCCAGACUCUCCUUCUAGAGCAGAGGACCCUUGGAACUGCCCAGAAGCCCUUUUAGCCAAACCUCCCUCCUCUCCUCCCUCCUUGCUGCUGCUAUCACCAGGCUACCCAGCCUGGGCCCCCUUCUUGGGGGGGAGGGGAACCCAGGGAUUUUGGAGUUCCUUCUCAUACUGCCCUAUCCACCUUGUCCAAACUGAGCCUGAGACCCUGUCUGCCAAAGCUUUGCUCCAGUUGGACACUAAACACUGGUGAGGUGAUAGGAGGUGAGCCAAGGAGAGAAAGAUUCCUGGCUGCCCUUUUCUCACUGUGCCUGGGAGCUGUGACUGCCAUGCAGGAGGACAUGCUACCCAGUGUUCUUAGAGCCAAGACUGCUGUGAACCAGCCACUGGCAUCCGUCUGUCAGCCCAGCCUGUCUGUGUCUGUACCUGUUCAUUGGGCUGUUUCUUAUAAGGGAGAGGGGCCCUACUUGUCUGUUUGUUGGUGUGUCUAUCUCUAGAAAGCUCAGUGUUGCUGACUGGUGUCUCUUGUGUCUGCCCACUACAUAUAAACUACCCCAUUAUUCA